GGUUGGCUUGCUGGCAACCACAACAUCAAAGUUGAAACAGACUUCUUUCUUCUCACCCCCAUUUUUUCGUCCAUCAUUCAUUUCCCUCAUAACUGAAAAAGAAAAGUGCCAAAGGUGCUUUAAACUUUUUGAAUUUAGUGGCGACGACUUGAGAAAUCACUCUAGUCUUACGCUAUACUGUGAGCAGCUGAGCUUUAUUUGUUAUCUAUCCUUUGUUAUAGAAAGAAUUCGGUGGGUGUCUAACAUGAUUGCUCUAAAUUCUGAUUUUGUUGUUAAUUUUUCUGCUAAUUGUUUGUUGUUUAUUUAUUUAUUUAUAGAAUCAGAGUUGCUGUUUUUCCAUGAAUAUUGAUUUGUAGCUCAAUUUGGAAAAAUUUUGGAAAAAUUCUUGAUAACCCCAAGAAGAAAUAAGUGAUAUACUGCUAUGUUGCCAGAAACUUGUGGUUCUAGCUUGUUUCUUGCUUUACCUGAUGAUGUAUUUUCCAUUAUAUCGCGGUCCCUUUCGCCAAGGGACAUAUGUAAUCUCAGUCUAUGUUGCAAAAGUCUACGUCCAGUUGUAGACUCUGAAAAGAUUUGGCUCAGUCAAUGUGAUGUAGUUGGAAUCUUGCCUGCAAGGGACCUUGUGGAGUGGAGGCAGGGUGUGUCAUCUUAUAAGGCGCUUUGCCGCUUCCUCGUUAGAGUAAAGCCAUUAGUUGGGAUUUGGGUUCAUCAGAAUCCAGAGCUUGGCAAUGUCGUCUAUGUAAUGCCUGGUUUUGUUUCUGUUGUUGGCUGUCGAAUAAUUCCUCAAGAGCUUGGUCCAUUAGGAAUUGAGGAUGGCCCCAUUUUAUGGGCUCCGGUGUUUGAAAUUAUUGGUGAUUUAUAUGGUUCUACCACGUUUCUUCUGCAUGGCAGGGAGCAAGGAUCUGACUAUUUUUAUCCUGGUUCAGUGGAAUCUGUUGAGAGGAAUUGCAAUGUGCUAUUGCUUGAGGUUGAGCCUAGGGAAAAAGGGAAUGGACGUAAAUUGUUCCCUAAUAAGAACUUUGCUAAUCAUUCCAAUGAGGAUAUUUCAAGAAAGGUUUGUAGAUCUAAUAUUGGUUUAUCAAGCUCACAGCAGGUGUUAGGACAAAGUGAGGCAGUGAUUCCUUUUAGUCAGUUGGCUUUUGGUGACAGAAGAAAGUUGCUUGAGACUAUCACUGGCCAAGUUCGUAAAAAGGUCUCUGAUUCUGUAAGUGGGCCUUUAUUUCCUAGAUUGAGGGAAGAUGUGGAGAAUUUCCAAAAAGACGUGUUGCUGCUUCUUUUGCAACGAAGAUCACUGCUUCUGCAGAUGUAUAGGUUUGGUAGUGAUCAUGAUUGCACUGAUUUGAAGGCGAGUAAUGAGAUGCCUGGCUGCCCUACUGAGUUGGAACUCAAUGACAUUAGAAAGAGCUUUGACCGUUCUAGUUCUUGCUCAAAUUCUCUGAAUGGGGAUGAUGGCCAGACACAUGGAAACAAUAGGAAAAGUAUAGGUGGGUACUUCAGAACUAGCAUUAAACAAAUUCUUCGGAAGUCUGGUUCUGUCAAUGGUGGUCGAGCAGUUUCAAAAUUUAAUUCUUCUAGCAGUGAGUACAGGCAUGCUCAACUUCAUGAAUUUCUAAAGUCAGGGGAUACUAUAGGGCUGACAUUACAAGCCUCUAAAGUGAAGUUAUCAUCUUAUCGAGCUUGGCCAAAUAUGCAUGAUACCCGGUUUGCUCUUUACAAGCUGCCUAUGUGGGUCCCAAGGGAGGACCAAGAGUAUGCUGGUUUAUGGGGAGGAACAUUCGGUUGGCCUCCAGGAAGGCCUACUGAAGACAAGCCUGGGAAGGCUUUGUUCUUUCUUUUGCUCUCUUAUGAAGAGACAGAGGGAAAACGGCUACUUAUUGCAACUAAAAUAUUGGAAGGCACCCACUACGUUCUUCACCCAAAUGGUUCUGCAAUGUUCAUAGUGAAUAUUGAUGAGCCUUCACUGGACCCAUUUCCUUGGGAUAGUGAUGCUGAUUCACAUCCAGUGAAUGUUAAGCAAGCUUUAAUGGGGGAGGGUAUUGCAAAUGGAUAUGGUUUUAGAUAUCCCGGUUCAAAGCCUGGCUCACUUUUCAUCAUUCAAAAUGGUCUUCUUGCCUUCAUUUGGAAGGAAUCAAGGGCUGUAUUGACACUGCAAAGACUCAACUUGCAAGAGCUUUUGAAGAAAGGUGAACGGGUGCCUGCUUUACCUCCAAUUCCCAACUUUUCUUAUUUGACCAAGUCCUACUCAAAUGUGUUCACUGGGUUCUCAAACACCUCAACAUGUUCAUCUUCAUCACUAAGAAUUCUUUUCAAAUAAUCCUCUAAGGCUGGUCCUACUUUUUUAUUUGGUAGGCAAAAGCAUAUUUAGGGCACCGAUGGGUACUGGAAUAAAUUGCAAAUAUUCAACUACUGUUGCUCUGCCGUUACUUUGAUUUUAUCAUGUAGAGCUGGGGGCUACUUUGCUGCUACUGGUGAUUCAAGAAUGUCGGAUUUCAGUUUGUUUCCAAAAUGAUAUAAAUACCAUGUCUCCAAGAUAACAUGAAGGUUAUCUCAUUGCGUUCGAUACAAGACAUUUGCAUGAUUUUGAUUAUUCUUGUGGUUCAGGUAAAGAUAUAAUGGUUAAAAGCAGAUAAUGAAGGGAACCCUGCAAGGGAGAGACACCAUGGUCCAAACAUUUGGUACAAGUUUUCCCCAUUAAUUGUUGAAAUAUUACUUAGUUGUAUGGUUGUAUUUUAUUUUCUUUGGACCUUAUAUUUAUACAAUUAUAUACCCUCUCAAAAGUGGUAUGUAGUAUUGCUUUUAGGUGGUAUUUGGUAUGAGAUGAUCAUCUUAAAAACUAUUGUGAUUUAUAUAUGGUGAUUGGAUCACUUUAUUUGAUAAA